CUCAUUAGCUCAGCCAUGAGUGAAAGGGCCGAUGGGCAGGAGGCAGACUUGAAUCUUCUGUUUGUUGGCUUGGUCUGCUGCUUCAGGUCCAUCCAGAACUCCACAAUGCUCAGGACCAUACAAUCAGUACUGCAGAGGGAGAUGGUGCGAGAGUUCCUGGCUGAAUCCAUGAGCACCUAUGUCAUGAUGGUGUUUGGCCUUGGUUCCGUGGCACACAUGGUUCUAGGAGACCAAAAGCUUGGGAGCUAUCUUGGUGUCAACUUGGGUUUUGGCUUCGGAGUCACCAUGGGAGUGCAUGUGGCAGGCGGCAUCUCUGGGGCCCACAUGAAUGCAGCUGUGACCUUCACCAGCUGUGCGCUUGGCCGGAUGCCCUGGAAGAAAUUCCCUAUAUAUGUGCUGGGCCAGUUCCUGGGCUCCUUCUCAGCUGCAGCCACCAUCUACUUACUGUUCUACCGCGCCAUUGACAAGUUUUCGGGCGGAGAGCUGUUGGUGACAGGGCCCCUGUCCACUGCAAACAUUUUUGCCACCUAUCUUCCUGAACACAUGUCAUUGUGGCAUGGCUUCCUGGAUGAGGUGUUCCUGACUGCCAUGCUCCAGCUGUGCCUCUUUGCCAUCACGGAUAAGAAGAACAAUGCAGCACUUCAAGGGACUGAGGCACUGGUCAUAGGCGUCCUUAUUUGCAUUAUUGGGGUGUCUCUAGGCAUGAACUCAGGAUAUGCAAUCAACCCAUCCCGUGACCUGCCUCCUCGAUUCUUCACUUUCAUUGCCGGCUGGGGAGGACAAGUAUUCAGUGCCAGAGACAGUUGGUGGUGGGUGCCAGUGGUGGCACCCAUCCUGGGUGCCUACAUAGGUGGCAUUGUGUACCUGGGUUUAAUUCACUCCACCAUACCUCGGGCUCCUCAGAGACUGGAGGAUUCUGCAGCAGGAGACCAGAAGAUAAUUGCAGCACCCAAGGUUCUCCUUACCCCCACCUCUUCUACCCCAGCUUCCAACCAACCUGCCCCACCCCCAAGUGGUUCUAUGCCUCUAGAGCGAUUCUAA